AUGGGCGUGAGGGAGGGUUUCUUCGCGUACUCCUUCGGUCGUGAACGUGGGACAAGGCUCGCGCCGUUCCUGCUGGCAGCUAACAAGUUGUACCUGACAACUGCCAAUCAUCACUCCAGAAUGCUGCGGGCGGUCCUGGAUGACCUUGCAAUGGUCAGAGCCAGAUUAAUGGUACUGCCUAACGAUGGCGGCCACGUCGGCGACACCAGAAUUGCUGGUUGGAAGGUCGCCAUUUCAA